AUGACGAAUCCCUCGCGAGAUGCACGAGGCGGCGUAGCAGUAGAAAGCUACAGUGGAGGCCUGGACAACUUGCGCCUCCAGCAGCAACAGCAACCAGAGCCAUCGAACAUAACAACCGUUCCGGCUCAGACGGUCCCAUCCAACCAUCACCACCACCAUCAGCAUCAUUCACUCAACCACCACCAGCAUCAUCAACACCCUUACCAUCAUCAACGACACCAUAAUCACCAUCAGUCACUACAAGGAGGAAGUGUAAGUGGUGUCACGAGUAGUAAUAGCAACGGUAGAUUGAAGAGGUCGAAGACAUCGUCGUCGAGACGUUACAGCAGGAUGCACUUGUCUGGUGAGACACAGACGCAACAGCAGCAACAGACGGCAGCACCGGCCAGCAGUCAACAGCUGCCCGAUUACGCAAUCACUGCCGAUCUGUUGGCGGAAAGGACACUGGAUGGUCUUUUGGCUGAACAUCCAGGCGAGCUUAUUCGUACAGGUUCGCCGCACGUGGUCUGCACAGUUUUGCCGUCCCACUGGCGGUCGAACAAGACACUGCCGAUAGCGUUCAAAGUCCUAGCGUUGGGUGAAGUAGGAGACGGUACUCUGGUUACGGUCCGAGCAGGAAAUGAUGAAAAUUGUUGCGCUGAGCUGAGGAACUCCACGGCUCUUAUGAAAAAUCAGGUGGCCAAGUUCAAUGACUUGAGGUUCGUUGGUAGAAGCGGUCGAGGAAAAAGUUUUACGCUGACGAUAAUGCUGCAGACGUCACCACCGCAAGUGGCGACCCUUUCCAAGGCCAUAAAAGUGACAGUAGACGGUCCAAGAGAACCGCGUUCAAAAACACGUCAUCAAGCCUUCCAUCCGUUCCACUUCGGGCCACGGCAGUUUCACUUCGGACAUCCACAAGACCCUUUGGGAUUCAAGCUGUCUGGUUUGCAGCACUUGAGCUUAGACCAAAACGCAGCCGUGGCCGCAGCGGCGGCGGCAGCUCAAGGCUGGGGUGGCUUGUCCCGAGGUGGUUUGGCUCCGCACUGUCUUCCGCCAGCUCCAGGCCACCACUCGACGACGCACGCUGCCCAGCCGACUGCAGUAACAGCGGCUACCGCGGCGACGGUGGUAGCAGCAACGGUAGCACCUCCGGGCGCGACCACUGCGGUGAACACGGCCACAGCUUCGGCUUUCAACCCGUUUCACCACGCUAUCGAGCAGAGAUCGCCCAGACUAACCACCGCGUCUGCUAACGAUUCAUCGAGACAAACGGAGCUUACCCCGAUCGGGAUUUCCAUACGGGAAGCGGCAUCAUCCACAUUACCCAGUAAUGUUACUGGAAGCACGGGUCUGCUAACGGCAACAACUGUUACGACACCACCAAUAGAGUCGGAACACAUAGCCAUAACGACUCCACCGACCACGGCCACUGUGACGGCAUCUAGCAAUUCCAGUCCAACCAGCCAUCAUCCGCACUUCCAAGGUCUUCACCUUCUAGGUGCAACAAACUCCCUCUUUGGCUCGAUAUUCGCUCCUUUGCUCCCCCAGUCCUCGUGGCUCUACAAUCCACUCUACCAUACACAGCAGUACAUGUUAGAGCCAGACUGGCACGCAUUAGCCCUGCGAAUGGCUCAGCAGCGGCUCCAGAGGCCCGAUCAGUCAAGACUUGAGGACUUACGAAAGUUGCGUUCUGAAAGUGAAGAUAGCCCCGAAGACGAAAACAAAGAAGAAGGUUCAAGAGAUCCGGAUAGUCCUGAAGACAGUAUAGAUGUCGACGACACUGAUGACGAGCCGAAGUCUAAGAUGGUACGUCGGUCGCAAAGCGAGGAGUCUCUUGAGCAGGAGAGCCCCAGAACUUCACCUUCAAGAAAAAAUCUGGAACUUAGCCAAGAGGAAAGCACGUCUGGUCGAUUACGACCGAGUUUGGAAAAUAUCCACGAACACGAGCAUGAAUUUUCAGACAAUCAGGACUCAAGCAACCAGCGUGGUCUGAAGAUUAAGAUACGGGUUGAGGGUAGCGUUGACCUGAGCACCAAGUCGAGGACUAAAGAUAAGGAGAACGUUGGACAAGAUUUGACGAUAAGCACCAAAAGGAAGGAUGAGGAGGUUGAAAUGACGGAUAGGGAGACCAUUAGGGCCAGGAGAGAGAGGAGUCCGAAGCCCCGGCAAGUUUGGAGGCCGUAUUAAAAUGGAAUAUACGAUUUUUAUUGUUUUCUUUUGAUCACAAUUUGGUGAUCUUUGCUGCUUGAAAUGGGAUCACGUGCUUAUGUUACGAUCAUUGUAUCAUGAUUUUAUGUAACAAAACUUUGUUCGGACUAAAGAUUGUAUCAUUGUAUCAUAAUUUAACUAAUUAAAGUACUAUGUACAUGUCAAACAUAACGUUUAUGAACUGAAAGAUGAAGAUGCAAUUCCUCGUGACGAUAUCAUUCAACAAGGACACAUUCGAGGACUAACCAGGGUCUUAUCAUCAAAUAUUAUUUGUAAAUAUAAAAUGUGAUUUUAGCAAAAAAUAAUAUUUCAUAAGUGAACAAAAUCUUUUAAAAUCUCGCGAAUAUUUGACCGUAAUAAAUGUCAUGUUCUCAAAUAGGUUUAAAAAACAUUGAGCAAUUCUGAGUAUUGUGAGAUACAAAUGAAUAUUACGAGAACGUUCGAUUAUCAUCCAAAAAUUAUUGUAAAUAAAAAUAAAUGUAUGAGCCAUUUAUAAUGUAAGUCAAAAUCAUAAAAAAGAAACAUUUCGAAGUAUAUGUCGU